GUUGAAGGAGGUGGUUGUAAAGUCCACUGCCACGUCCCCGACGAUCCAACCACCACCACCACUACCACCACCGACCACGACGCCGCCCGACUCGGCGCGCGCGGGGUCCCGUCUCCGAUUACAACAACACAACUCACACCUCGACCACAACCCUCGCUUGACCAGCUCUGUGCACCCAGCUUUGCGCGCGAGUCCCAGCGGCGCGCCCCCGGGGGGCCAAUGUCCGCCAACUACUGGGAGUCGACGCAGCGGCGCCACUGGCUCUUCACCAAGGACCAGCUGGCGUCGAUGCGCCAGAAGCUCGAAAAGGACAAUGCCGAUCUCGUUUCCAUGUUUCCCCUGCCCCAGCCCAGGCACCUGUCGAUAUACUUUAACCAACAGUUGUUGCGCCUGGGCAAGCGCCUGAGCAUCCGGCAGCAGGCCAUGGCCACGGCGCAAGUCUACCUCAAGCGAUUCUACUCGCGCGUCGAGAUCCGCCGCACGAAUCCCUACCUCGUCAUCACGACGUCCAUAUACCUGGCGUGCAAGAUGGAGGAGGCCCCUCAGCACAUUCGGCUCAUCGUCACGGAGGCCCGGCAGCUGUGGCAGGAGUUUAUCGGACUGGACACCUCCAAGCUGGGCGAGUGCGAGUUCUAUCUCAUCAGCGAGAUGAGCUCCCAGCUCAUCGUGCAUCAGCCAUAUAGGACGCUGAGUUCGCUGCGCGGGGAGCUGUCCCUGGUCGAGGAAGACGUCCAGCUGGCUCGGUCCGUCAUCAACGACCACUACAUGACAGACUUGCCGCUGCUAUGCGCUCCUCACAUCAUCGCCCUUGUGGCUAUCCUGCUCGCCUUGGUUCUACGCCCCAACACGUCCACACCCGGAGGCAGUCUGUCCGGCUCCUCUGCCGCGGCCGGCCUCGCAGCCGCCCACGCCGCGCUGAGCCAGGCACAAGCCCGGGCCAACGGCCUCCCGGACCCUCCGCCGCAGGCAGCUGAUUCCAAGGAGAGGCAGCAGGAGGCGAGGAUGUUACGUGUGCAACAGUUCGCCGCGUGGCUGGCCGAGAGCGGCGUCGAUAUAGCCGCCAUGGUCGACGCCACGCAGGAAAUCAUCUCAUUUUACGAGUGUCAUGAGCACUACAACGACAAGCUCACGCGAGAGCAGAUCAACCGCUUCGUGAAGGCGCGCGGGUUGGACAAGUAAGGCCUUGCGCCAGCGAUCUAGAGACCGGAUAGAAGGAGUACGCGAAGCAUCGGAUGGAGUGAAUGAAGAAGCAUGAUAUGGUCGGACGACAAUGUUUGUUUGGAUCUGCUGCACGCGGCGCUACGGUGACGAAAUGAAUGACGCAUCUCUUGGAGUCGGCGCUGGACUGGAUUUCUCGACUUCUAUAGCGCUGGUAUACAAGACUGGUCAACCAUCUCUAUAGUUUCUCUCUUGUCUAUUGCAAUGCUGUCGUGGAUCCGUGGGCUUCUAUAGCGCUAUAAAAGACUGGUC